AGCUGCCACGUCUGAGAUUAGGGGGGAAAGUCAUUCUCUAACUAAGGAGCCUCACAAGACCGAAGAAAAUGGUGUCCGUCAUAAACACUGUGGACACUUCCCAUGAGGAUAUGAUUCAUGAUGCCCAGAUGGAUUAUUAUGGCAUACGUCUUGCUACUUGUUCCUCUGAUCGAUCUGUGAAGAUCUUUGAUGUAAAGAAUGGAGGCCAGAUCCUGAUAGCUGACCUGCGUGGGCAUGACGGUCCAGUUUGGCAGGUUGCUUGGGCCCAUCCCAUGUAUGGAAACAUCUUGGCCUCCUGCUCCUACGACCGAAAAGUAAUCAUCUGGAAAGAGGAAAAUGGGACUUGGGAGAAGACGUAUGAAUACACAGGGCACGACUCUUCAGUAAAUUCUGUUUGCUGGGCUCCCCACGACUUCGGGCUAGUGCUGGCAUGUGGCAGUUCGGAUGGAGCGAUCUCUAUUCUCACCUUUACCGGAGACGGGCCCUGGGAAGUGAAAAAAAUCAGCAACGCACACACAAUUGGUUGUAACGCAGUGAGUUGGGCCCCUUCUGUUAUCCCUGGAAGUCUUGUUGAUCAGCCAUCCAGUCAGAAGCCCAAUUAUAUCAAGAGAUUUGUGUCUGGCGGAUGUGAUAACUUAGUGAAAAUCUGGAGGGAGGAAGAUGGCCAGUGGAAAGAGGAUCAGAAGCUGGAAGCUCACAGUGAUUGGGUGCGGGAUGUGGCCUGGGCUCCCUCCAUUGGUUUGCCAACCAGCACCAUCGCUAGUUGCUCUCAGGAUGGCCGGGUAUAUAUCUGGACAAGUGAUGAUGCUGCCACCAACUGUUGGACUCCGAAACUGCUGCACAAGUUUAAUGAUGUUGUUUGGCAUGUGAGCUGGUCCAUCACUGCUAAUAUCCUGGCUGUGUCUGGGGGUGACAACAAGGUGACCUUAUGGAAGGAGUCUGUGGAUGGACAGUGGGCCUGUAUUAGUGAUGUAAACAAGGGACAAGGAGCUGUUUCCACCGUGACAGAGGGACAAUUAAAUGACCAAUGACCAUUCAGCAGAAAUUUGUCAUAAAAAUGUGUCCAUUUUAGUUUUGCCCAACUCCAGUCCUUCAAGUUACUUUGGCAUCCAAAGGGUUUGUUCUACCUGGACAAUUUGCACCUGAUUUUUAACCUCUCGUGUGCCACAGAGGACUGUACUUUAUCGGCAUAUGGAUUUAAUUGUCAUUUGUAUUCUUUGGGAUUUACUGGUCUCGGCAACUUAAAGGAGAAGGAAAGGCUAAAACUAAGUAAGCUUUAUCAGAAAGGUCUAUAUAAAUACACCAGUAAACCCUCAAAGUAAUGCUGCUCUGAGUCCUCUGUCAAAAGAAACACCACAUUUCUUUCCUUCUAUUGUGUACACAUGGGCUUCUGUAUCUGACUUCCUGUUUUCAGCUUAAACCUCCAGGACUAGGGCUUGAGCAUGCUCAGUUUGCUCCUCUGCCCCUCACUCCUCCCCUCCCUGCUGUAAUCUGAGCCCAGAGCUAUGAGUGAGCAGGGAGAGACUCGGGCAGGAAGUGAUGUCACACCAAGCUAAUAUGGCAGCUACUAUCCUAAACAAGAGUUUCUAGAACUGUUACUCAGGUAUGGUAAAGCUUUCUACAGAAUAAAUAUAGUGUUCUAGCUUGCACUAUUGUGGCUAAUCUAUUGGCAAUAAACUGCUUUGGUAGCUUUCCUUCUCCUUUAAAUUAUCAGCAAUGUGUUUCCUCGUUUAUUCACAGAAAAAAAGAAUGUUUGAAACCAAUGACCAACUUCAGUGAAUCUGCGCUACCUUCCCUAAUAUCAUUGCCUAUGUUUAGGGCAGUACAGGUAGGACUAUCCCCUUAUGCACAUACCUGUGCUCCUUUGAAGGAACUUAUUAUAGGGGACUGUCCUACCAGUUUCUCAUGUUCUAAUUGGCCAGGUUUUUAUGCAGUGUAAGUGGGGGGAGCUACAGUAUCAGAUUCUCACACAGAGAACUUUGUUCCAAUGACUCCUCUACCAUUUCCCCUUCUCUAACAACAUAGGUUUACUUUUUCAAGAAAAUAUUGUUGCAGUCUCCAGCAGAAAUAAAGGUUUAUCUGUAUAAUUCCA